UCCUCCUAUCGGUACCGAGAGAAAGCCAAGGGCAUUCCUUGCAAAUAUAUAGAAACAACAGGGGAAGGGGGAGAACGAGCCGUCGAUGAGGCUUCUGGAGCUGGUCCCCUGCGCCUGUACGGCCUUGGGGCUGGAGGAGGCGCCACCGGCGAGCCGGCGGGCAUUGGAGACGGUCCCGCUCUCCCCCGCUCCCCGCAAGCGCCGCCGGCGGCCCCGCCACGGUGGGCCGGUGAGUUGGAGGCCGUCGCUUGGGACGAUCGCGGAAGUCAGCGCGGCGGGCGCGGCGGGCGAAAAGGAGGUGCGGCCAUUCGGCCGACCGGGGAAGGCGAUGGCCGGUCCGGCCGCAUCAUCCGGUCGGGUUCUCCCUCGGUCGCAAGGAGACGACAACCGGGAGAUGGGAGUCUCAGCGACUAUGCCUACAGUUGCUCCCACAGCCUUCCUAUUCUAAUGACUAUAUUCAAAUUAUUAUUUAAAAGGAUAGAUAUGAAAUGAUGAUGAAGGAUGUGAAGAUGAUGAUGAAAAAAUAUGUCAAACUAUUGUAGUGAUUUUAUGUUAAUAUAAACUUUUAUUAUGUAUGCUUUUGAUUUUUGUUAUGUUCAUGGUUUAUCUGUUUACU